GCUAAAAAUAAACAUCUGUGGCUCAGAGCGUGGACAGAUCGAUAUUCUGAUCAUUUCAAUGUUCAUGUAAACUGGUAAUUAUUUUCAUUAAUGAUAUCUUAAAGCUAAUGAGUUUUAAUAAAUUAAAUAGAUUUAAAGUAAUAAGAUCAAGCUUCACUAAUGCGAGAUGUUUACUUCUUUAUCUACCACAACAUAUAGUUGAACAUUAAAAAUCUGGAUUAGACUGGAUUAAAAUAAAAUAUACACUUAUUUGUCCCCAGGAGAAAGAAAAUUGCCAGUAACAGGAUACAUAGUGGAAGGGAAUGACAGCUGCUCAUACACAAUGAUUUACAGCCUCCUAAAAAACCUCACUAUGCCUCUAUUUCCUGUUCAAAGAGAAUAGCAUUAAAGCUGAUGAAGGUGGAGAGGAGAUGUAUUCUGCAGGGCAUUAGUCUCUCUGACUUGAAAGUGAAGGCGUGCCUGGCUUAUUCUCACUGUUUAUGAAAUGCCAGGCUUCACUUUGACCUCAGCAUUUUGCAGAUUUUUAGUUGGGUUUGCACGCGCCCACAUGCUGUUUGCAGCUACCUAACCCUUUUCCAAGCUACAAACUUACUAUCACUUGCUUACAGGCUUUCAGUGCAGGACAUUUUCUUCUUCUUCUUCUUCUACUUUUUUUUUACUUGCAGUAGCACCUGCUUAAACCGGCCCACUGCAGUCAACUGAGGUUCCUGUCAUUUCCUUUCAAAACAGGAGGAUGUGAUGUGAGGAUGUGAGUGCUGUGGUCAGGUCCCCGGUGAGCUCUCCUUGCAGAGCAAUGGCGUGAGAGAUGGCUCCAUGACAAUGCUGCUUCCUGGCAAAGUAGAUUUUUUUUUUCCUGUACCUGGGAGGAAAUUGACUGCUUAACACCGGUUUACAGGCUGCAGAGAGGUUAGACAUUGCAAAAAUGGCCUGAGUGCGAUAAUGUGCUGGAACCACUGUGCUGGUCUCGUCUGUAGUGGAGGUCUCCAUGCCAACCGCUGCACACUGGGUACAAUACAACUGUGCCUCCAAGGUCUGGGAGGGUAUUUUAAGAUCUCGUAACAUAUGCUCAUUUUGUUCCUGUGGUGUUGUUAAUAUUUAUUACGACACCUUCAUUUAGCCCUUUGCUGCGGCGUGAAGAUUUCAGACAGCCUCAUUUUUCACUUCUCCACCAGAGCUGCUGCACUACACAUCGAGGCAAGUGUAAGUUUACAGGAGUUACAUUUUCGGUAGAGUAGGAGCUGAUUUUUAUUUUAUACUCAGCAGUUUUCUCCAAUUCCUUUUCAAGAUGAAGCCUCUGGAAACUGUACCAGCCCUACUUUUCGCUUUUUAUACAACCUCUCCACUUUCUCAUCCUCCUUUUUUUUUUUCUUUCUUCUCCCUCAGCACCGGGGGAAGAUGAAGCACUCGAGUUUGCUAGAAUCUGUUUCCCAGCAGCGGCCCGAGCUUUAAGAUGGAUCGAGGGGAUUUGCAUGGGGCGGGGUGGAGAGUUAGUAAGACAUGUGAAAGAGAACAGGAGAAAUGUUACUGCUGAGGCGCAGCAAAUGAGGGCUGUAGAGAAGAGAGGAGAGGAGGGGUAGGAGGAGUGAAAAGGGGGCACACUCACGCAGAUCAGAAAACAACGGUCCUGUCCUAUGCCCAGAGGACAGACGCUGCCAUCUACUUAAGCUGAGAGUGAGAGGGGAAGAGGGAGGAUUGACUUUUACCUGAUGUAGAAGCUGCACUCACCCCUCGCCACCCCUCUCUUCUAUCCAGCCUGUCUGGAGCCGCAGAGGACUGUCAGCCCGUACAGACGAAGCACAAGAUCAGAGUGCUGGCAGAGCAAGUGUGCCUACAGCUCUGCGUUACCUGCUUUACCACCCUGAAAUCGCUCUCUCGCCCCACAUGCACACAUUCACAGAACUUUCUCUCGUGCGCGAACACUUACAUGCUGACAAGCAGGCAGGCAGGCACACACACACAUACACUCCCCCCCUCCCAUUAUUAUCUGUGCGGCGAGCAGUUCUGCUCAUUUUGGUGCGAGCAGCGAGGGGCUGCAUUUUGCUCCUCAGCAGCAGCAGCAGCAGCAGCAACAACAACACAGGACGGGUCCAGAGAAGAGCAGUCACCACCAGAGAUCAGUCAGCAGCUGCUCCAACUGAAGCAGCGUGUGUCAGUGGGACAGCCAUGGAGGACACCCUCACCUGCAGCCAUGCCACUUUCUCCCAGGUGUUUGGACGCCAGGGACAGCUCAUGCAAGCCACCGUCCAGUCUCUGAACAGCCUGAAUGACCAGAUUGCUCAGUUCAUGGUCACUCGACCUUGUAGCCUGACUGAUGAGGAUGAGGCCUUCAUGCCGGGAGAGAGGGAUACCUUGAGGAAGUCUAUGACUCUGAUGAGACACUUGCUCAUGGAUGCUCAGGGGAAAAUCCUUAAAAUGAUGGAAGACAACAAACAGCUGGCACAGAGGAUUGAUGGGGCUAUCCAGUCUGCCAGCCAGGAAGUGACCAACCUGCGCUCCGAGCUCUCCGCCACCAGCCGUAGACUGGCAGAGCUGGGUGCCAGCAGCCCCCCUGGCUUGGAGAACCACCACCAGUACAACCACCACGAUGACAGCCUUCACUACCGGGAUCCAUCCAUGCGUCACAGGCAGAAGACAGUGGUGACAGACAUGUGCUACCCAACAGAAAUAUCCAGCCUGAUGGACUUUGGCACACCAGACUGCUCGCUAGGCAAAGUGUUGCUGCGUGAAGAGGUGGUCCAGCUCCAAGAGGAGGUCCACCUGCUGAGGCAAAUGAAGGACAUGUUGACUAAAGACCUGGAGGAGACCCAGGGCGGCUGCUCUGCCAAUCUGCUUUCUGCCACUGAACUCCGUGUGCAGCUGGGUGACAAGGAGCAGGAGCUGGACCGUGCCAAGGAGGCCUUACAAGCUAUGAAAGCUGACCGUAAGCGGCUGAAGGUGGAGAAAGCAGACUUGGCGAAUCAGAUGCAGCAGCUGUACACAACACUGGAGAGCAGAGAGGAGCAGCUGCGAGAGUUCAUACGCAACUACGACCAGCAUCGAAAGGAGAGUGAGGAUGCAGUGAAAGCCCUGGCAAAGGAGAAGGACGUGCUGGAGAGGGAGAAGUGGGACCUGAGGAGGCAGACCAAAGAAUCCACAGAGCAGGCCAAUGUCUUGCGUUCUCAGCUGGAUAUGAAGGAGAACAGGAUUAAAGAACUGGAGGCCGAGCUCACAAUGGCAAAGCAGUCUCUGGCCACACUGACUAAAGACGUACCAAAACGCCACUCAGUGGCUAUGCCAACAGAACCGGUGGUGAACGGCAGUCAGGAGUGGGUGAUGCACGCCGACCUUCCGCUCACGGCCGCCAUCCGCCAGAGCCAACAGACCCUCUACCACGGACACACCACAGACAGACAGGCUGUGGUCAGGAUCAGCCCCUGCCACUCACGUCAGCCUUCUGUGAUCUCUGAAGCCUCUGCGGCUGAUGGAGACCGCUCGUCAACGCCAAGUGACAUCAACUCACCUCGUCACCGGACCCACUCCCUCUGCAAUUCUAUGGAGGACCUUGAGGACCAGAAGCGGAAGAAGAAGAAGGAAAAGAUGACACUGGGAUCCCUAUCAAGGGUGUUCGCUCGGGGCAAGCAGCGCAAGUCACUGGAUCCUGGCUUGUUUGAUGGUACAGCCACCCCUGAUUAUUACAUAGAGGAGGAUGCCGACUGGUGAUGCUGAGUGUGUGAGUGCAUGUGUGUGUUGAGUUUUUUUUGUAGAUAUCCUCUUGGCUUUAACUGUGAGUGAAGACUGUCUGUGGAUUUAUCUGGAGGCGAAGGAUUUUGAAUUUUAAAGAAAAGCCCUUAAAGUCAUUGCUAUCACCAUAAAUGUACAGUAUAUUGCCCUAAAAUUGUAUGUUUGUAAAUUAGAUAUAUAUUUAUAGUUGUACAUGUAUGCAUAUGUACAUAUGUUUACGCACGCACGCGCGCGCGCACACACAC